UUGGUGUUCUCGCGAUAGCUCAGCAGAGGGACGCGGUUUGCGGAUGUAAACAAACUCCGGUGCUCGUGUUUGAUUUAGGAGAAGGAAGUCCAGCGGAGUCGGUAUGGAAGAGAUUUGGAACGUUAAAAUUAUUUGAGAGUUUUAAACAGCUGGUAGGAGAAAGUUGAGCAGUCCUGCGGAGGAGAAGUUAUCAAACUGCGGUCAGAGUUCCCGGUGGACGCCGGAGGAUGAGCGGACUGACUGGGAUGGAAGCCGGUGGAGCUGCGGUGAAGUCCCAGAACUGAUGACCGAGUGACUGAAGAUGAGUGAUUUAAAAGAAGAGGAGGACGGAGCACAGCCUCAUGACAAAGAUCCUCCAGACGUUAGUGAAGACCCUGGACCCUCAGACACAAAAGAGAAGAAGAUGAGUCAUAUUUCUGUGGAGGAGCAGCCGUCCUGCUGUGCUUCAUGUCAGGACGUCCUGAAGGAUCCAGUCUCUACCAGCUGUGGACAGUGGUUCUGCAGACAGUGCAUCACCUCAUACGAGGACCAGUCUGCUCCAUCAGGACACUCCUCCUGUCCCCAGUGUGGUGAAAGACCCAGAACCAGCAGCUGUGGACAAACAGAUGUUGGUCUGCAGAAGGUUCUGCAGGAACAUAAGAUGAGUCUGAGGAGGAGAUGUGAACAUGUGACUGAAGGAAGUGAUGAAGCAGGAGGUGGAACCCUCCUCAGCAGGAUCUACACUGAGCUCUACAGCACAGAGGGACACAGUGAAGACACUGUUUCCCCAGAUAAGGUGACCUUCUAUGACACUCCCAUCAGGUGCCAGGACAUCUUUAAAGCCUCACCUGAGCAGCAGAGAGCCAUCAGAGUGGUCCUGACCAAUGGCGUGGCUGGCAUCGGAAAAACCUUCUCAGUGCUGAAGUUCACUCUGGACUGGGCAGAGGGCAGAGAAAACCAAGACGUCAGUGUGGUGGUGAUGCUUCCGUUCAGGGAACUGAACAUGAUCAGAGAUGAGCAGCACAGUCUUCUCACGCUGCUCCAUCAUUUCCAUCCAACAUUACAGAAGGUGCCGGCAGAGCAGCUGGCUGUCUGUAAACUUUUGUUCAUCUUUGACAGUCUGGAUGAAAGCAGACUUUCACUGGAUUUCACCAACAGGAAGGUUGUGUCUGAUGUCAGCCAGAAGUCAUCGCUGGACGUUCUGCUGGUGAACCUCAUGGAGGGGAAUCUGCUGCCCUCGGCUCUGGUCUGGAUCACUUCCCGCCCUGAAGCAGCCAGUCAGAUCUCUCCUACACGUGUGGACAGGUUUACAGAAGUACGAGGUUUCACCGAUGGCCAGAAGGAGGAGUACUUCAGGAGGAGAUUGAGUGAUGAAGAGCGCUCCAGCACAAUCAUCUCCCACAUGAAGACAUCCAGAAAUCUCCACAUCUUGUGUCGACUCCCAGUGUUCUGCUGGAUCACUGCUGCAGGUCUGGAGCACAUGUUGACCACAGAGCAGAGAGGAGAGCUGCCCAAGAGCAUGACUGAGAUGUUCUCACACUUCCUGCUGGUUCAGACACAGAGGAAGAAGAACAAGUACCAUGAGGGACCUGAGACAAGUCCACAGGAGCUGACGGAGGCUGACAGGGAAGUUCUUCUGAAGCUGGGGAGGCUGGCCUUUGAAAAUCUGGAGAAAGGAAACAUCAUGUUCUACCAAGAAGACCUGGAGCAGUGUGGUCUGGAUGUGACGGAGGCCUCGGUGUUGUCAGGAGUUUGUACCCAGAUCUUCAGAAGAGAGUGUGAGAUGUUCCAGAAACCAGUCUACUGCUUUGUUCAUCUGAGCCUUCAGGAGUUUCUGGCUGCAGUCUACAUGUUCCACUGUUACACCAACAGGAACACUGAGGUGCUGAAGAAGUUCCUGGGAGAAGACUACAGUAGCUCAUCCCUGGAUGACUUCCUGAAGAGAGUAUUGGAGAAAUCUCUCGAAAGUAGAAAUGGUCACCUGGACCUGUUUGUUCGCUUCCUCCAUGGCCUCUUUGUGGAGUCCAACCAGAGAGUCUUAGGAGGUCUGCUGGGUCAGACAGAGAACAGUCCAGAAAUCAUCCAGAGAGUCAUCAACAACCUGAAACAGAAGAAGAAGACUAACAUGUCUCCAGACAGAAGGAUCAACAUCUUCCACUGUCUGAUGGAGAUGAAUGAUAUCUCAGUCCAUCAGGAGAUCCAAGAGUUCCUGCAGUCAGAGACCAGUUUAGAUGAGGAACUCUCUGAAUUCCACUGCUCAGCUCUGUCCGACAUGCUGCAGAUGUCAGAGGUGGUUCUGGAUGAGUUGGACCUGAGGAAGUACAACACAUCAAAGCAGGGAGCUCGGAGACUGAUUCCAGCUGUGAGAAACUGCAGAAAGGCUCGACUUUGGAACUGUGGAUUCUCACAGACUCACUGUGAAGUCGUGGCCUCAGCUCUGAAGUCCGACUCCUCCCUUCUGACAAAACUGGACCUGAGUGAUAACCAGCUGCUGGAUCCAGGAGUGAAACAUCUGUGUGACGCACUGAAGAGUCCAAACUGUAAACUUGACACUCUGAGUUUUAGGGGCUGCAGGUUGUCAGAAAUCAGCUGUGAUUCUGUGGUCUCAACUCUGGAGUCCAACCUCCCUCAUCUGAAACAUCUGGACCUGAGUGACAACCAGCUGCAGGAUUCAGCAGUGAAGCAGCUGCGUGAUUUUCUGGAGAGUCCAGACUGCAACUUGAAGACUCUGGAGUUGAGCGACUGCGGUUUGUCAGAGAUCAGCUUUGCUUCUUUGGUCUCAGCUCUGAAGUCCAACCCCUCCCAUCUGAAAAAUCUGGACCUGAGCGGGAUUAAGAUGCAGGAUUCAGGAGUGAAACAUCUGAGUAGUUUUCUGGAGAAACCAGACUGCAGCCUGGAGAAUCUGGGAUUGGAUAGCUGCAGUUUGUCAGAGAUCGGUUGUGAGUCUCUGGGCUCAGCUCUGAAGUCCAACCCAUCUCAUCUGAAAGAGCUUGACCUGGGCUGCAACCAGCUGCAGGAAUCAGGGGUGAAACAUCUGUGUGGUUUUCUGGAGAGUCCAGACUGCAGACUGGAAACUCUGAUAUUGGUGAGCUGCAGGUUGUCAGAGAUCAGCUUUGCCCCUCUGGUCUCAGCUCUGAAGUCCAACCCCUCCCAUCUGAAACAUCUUUACAUGAAUUUCAACAAAGAGCUGCAGGAUUCAGGAGUGAAGCAUCUGUGUGGUUUUCUGGAGAAUCCAGACUGCCGACUGGAGACUCUGAGAUUGGUGAGCUGCAGUUUGUCAGAGAUCGGUUGUGAGUCUCUGGGCUCAGCUCUGAAGUCCAACCCCUCCCAUCUGAAACUUCUGCACCUAAGUAUAAACCAGUUGAAGGAUCCAGGAGUGAAACAUCUGUGUGGUUUUCUGGAGAAUCCAGACUGCAGACUGGAGAAUCUGGAUUUAAGUGACUGCAGUUUGUCAGAGAUCAGCUGUGAUUCUCUGAGCUCAGCUCUGAAGUCCAACCCCUCCCAUCUGAGACAACUGGAGCUCUGCGACAACCAGCUGAAGGAUUCGGGAGUGAAACAUCUGUGUGGUUUUCUGGAGAAUCCAGACUGCAGACUGGAGACUCUGGGAUUAGGCUGGUGCAGUUUGUCAGAGGUCUGCUGUGAUUUUCUGGUCUCCGCUCUGAAGUCCAACCCCUCUCAUCUGAAACAUCUGGUCCUGAAUGGAAACAAACUGAAGGAUUCAGAUGUGAAGCAACUGUAUGGUUUUUUGGAGAGUCCAGACUACAGACUGGAGAAUCUGAGCUGGAAGUGGCGAUGAUCAGGACAGUGUGUGCUGAGAGGAUGAAGUGUGUCCUGAAGAUCCAGACAUGGACUAAGAUGUGAAGAAUUACUGGCCUUGUGUCAUAACUGAGCAGAUAAAUAACUUGCUGUAAGACAGAAAUCAGAGCAUAAAACAUGAACAAAGUGGAUUUAAUCACAGCUUCCCUGAGGAGUGUGAACAGAGUAAAACAUGUCGAUCUUCUCUGGAUUUUGGUGUAAAAUCAGUGAACUCUGUUUGACUCAGUGAACAACAGCCUGAAUGGAGGCAACAGGAAAGUUUGUUCCAUCAUCACAGCUGGAUCGGUGUAAAUAUGUUUCUUUGGUUUUCUUCUCAUUGUAAAUAUUCCCAUAUGAUCAUGAUGGUCAUCAGCAGGGAGAGUUUGACUGUAUUUCUCCACAGUGCUGAUUUAGUGCUUCAACACACUGACUUGGAUGAAGAGAAUCUGUUGAUGAAAGAUUGAAGUCCCUCAGCAGGAUUUACUGACUGGACAUUUAAACACAGUCAGUUUUAAUACACUUGAUAGAGUUUGUUUGUUCCCACAGAGUGAAUGAAGUGUUCCGUGUGUUUUUGUUGCAGGAGGUUGUUGAAAGCUGCAGAAGAAAAGUGAUGUAACAGUUGAAGUGAAAAUAAACACAGUUCAGUCUGCAGGAUUACAACAAAGUUCCAGGAAGCAGCAGUUUGAGCAGAAACAAACCUGAGUGGAAACUGAAUUGUGAUCCUGUUGUUCACUGAACUGCCUGAGUUGUGUUGUAUUUUAUUUUUUUAUCUCCUGUGACUUAUUUGUGACAUGAGGUGAAAUGAAUCAAACAUCCACA